UUCUUCUCCUGGCAGAAUGGCUUUGCGGUGGUGCUGUUGGCGCUGGCGGCCCUGGGCAUCAUCCUGGUUCUCCUGGUGGGGGCGCUCUUCCAACACCACCACCAGACCGCCGUGGUGAAGGCUGCCGGGGGGCCUCUCUCCCAGCUCAUCCUGCUCUCCCUAGUGGGAAGUUUUGUUAGCGCUGUGUUCUUCGUAGGUCAUCCCAGCAGCCUCCAGUGUAAGGUAUGUACGGUACACACAGUUUGGGAAACACUUCUGUAAUGUACUGUCUGUGACGUUGUCUGAUUGUACAAGUGUCAGUUUGUGAAUUCAUGGUUUAUUGUGUGUGUAUUGUUUUGAACCUUUUGUAACUUUGUGGCAAGGAAAUUAGUUUGUAGACGCAAAGCAAAUUUAAAUACAAAGAGAUAAUACAGUUCUGUCUCAUUGUCUCAUCUCUUCUCAUCUCAUUGUCAAGAUGCGUCAGGUGCUGUUUGGCCUCAGUUUCACCCUGUGUGUUUCCUGCAUCCUGGUCAAGUCCCUGAAGAUCCUGCUUGCCUUCCAGCUCAACCCUGAUCUAAAGAACGUUCUCCGCCACCUCUACCAACCCUACGCCAUCAUUUGUCUCUGUGUGGCCCUACAGGUUCUCACCUGCACCCUGUGGUUGGUCCUGCAGAGCCCCCGGGACAAGGCCACUGUCUUCGCCACCACUGUGCUGGCCGAGUGUGACGAGGGCUCCUACAUGGCGUUUGGUGUGAUGCUGGGCUACAUUGCUGUCUUGGCGCUCGUCUGUUUCGCCUGCGCGUUUAAAAGCCGCAAGCUGCCACAGAAGUACAACGAUGCCAGGUUCAUCACCUUCAGCAUGCUCCUCUACUUCAUGUCCUGGGCGAUCUUCGUGCCCGUCUAUGUGACCACCUCAGGGAAGUACCUGCCAGCGGUGGAGAUGGUGGUCAUCCUCAUUUCCAACUACGGCGUCCUCAGCUGUCAUUUCUUCCCCAAGUGCUACGUCAUCCUCUUCAAGAAGGAGCACAACACCAAGAAUGCCUUCAUGAAGAACGUGUAUGAGUAUUCCAGAAAGGGCAUUUCUGACUCUAGCGCCGUCUCUGAGACUUCAGUCUCUCAGACAGAAGGGAAGUGCACCAGUCACCCUUACUCCAUCAGUUCACCUUCUUUCUUCAUGUCUCCUCCACCAAUAGAACCCACAGCAUCUCAGAACUGCUGGUCCAUUAGCCAGAACAUUGACACUGCCACCCAGUGCACCGUAGUAGACCAUGGAGUGUUUGUCACAGGUCAGCUGACUCGACCAUACCGUCUGAGGAGAAGAAAGAGCCUA